UUUUUCUCCCCUCCCUUAAGCAAAACCACAAUGGAAACCAGGAAGGAGAUGGUGAUGUUUCUGGAGGGGACUACUCUUGGCGCUCUAGUUGGCAAGAGGGUGCCUAAUUUGUCCGAAGCAGUGGGGAGCCCCGCUGCGGAGCCGCAGGAGAAGAUGAUCCAUCGGAACUGCAUCAGCCCCAGACCUGGCCCCUUGUCGUCCCGGGAGAGAGGAGGAGGAGGAGGUGGCGGAGGAGAAGACGAAGAGGAGGUGGAGGUGCUGCCAGGGACAGGGACGGUGCCGGAGAGCCGCUCGGCGGCGGCAGCACUGCUUUCGGCCGGACAGCAGCCCCCCGUCCCGGAGCUCCCCUCCAGCAAAGGGCAGCAGAGCAGCUCGGACACCGAGUCGGAUUUCUAUGAGGAAAUCGAGGUGAGCUGCACCCCGGACUGCGCCACGGGGAGCGCCGAGUACCAGCACAGCAAAGGGCCGUGCUCCGAGGCGUUGGCCGGCAGCCCCAGCGGCGGGGGGGAUCACCCCAAGGGCAGCGGAGGCAGCGGCGGCUCCCAGGCCUCGCUGGCCUGCAGCGCCAGCGACCAGAUGCGCCGCUACCGCACCGCCUUCACCCGCGAGCAGAUCGCCCGGCUGGAGAAGGAGUUUUACCGGGAGAAUUACGUGUCCAGGCCCCGGAGAUGUGAGCUGGCGGCUGCUCUAAAUCUGCCAGAAACCACCAUCAAGGUUUGGUUCCAGAACCGCAGGAUGAAGGACAAGCGGCAGCGCCUGGCCAUGACCUGGCCUCACCCGGCCGACCCGGCGUUUUAUACAUACAUGAUGAGCCACGCGGCAGCCACCGGGAACCUGCCGUAUCCAUUCCCGUCCCACCUGCCCCUGCCCUACUACUCCCACAUGGGCAUCGGCGCCACAUCGGCCUCUGCCGCCACCCCCUUCAGUACUCCCCUGAGGCCUCUGGACACCUUCAGAGUCCUCUCCCACCCGUACCCGAGACCAGAACUGCUGUGCGCCUUCAGACAUCCCUCUCUCUACCCCCCAACUCAUGGACUCAGCAGCACCGGGGGCAACCCCUGCUCCUGCCUGGCAUGCCACAGCGGCCAGUCCAACGGGCUGGCGCAGAGACCCUCCGGAUCAGACUUUACCUGUUCGGCCACAACCAGGACUGACUCCUUUCUCACUUUUACGCCCUCUGUGCUGAGCAAAGCCACCUCAGUUUCCAUGGACCAGAGAGAAGAAGUACCUUUAACGAGAUAAACCUUUGUCUCAGGGUCAUUAAAUACUCAUUCCUUUCUCGGACUUCUCUUCGAGUUAAUGUACCUACAGUCCAUGUUUAUUUAAUCGUGUUCUCUCCUCAGCCGCGGACACCCACAGAAAAACAAAACAAAACAAAACCAAAACAACAAAAAAAAGGAAAAAAAAAAGAAGAAAAGAGACUAAAAUUAGCUCAGUCUUAAAAGGAUUUACAUUCCAAGUGGGGGGAGGGGGGGGAAUAAAAGAAAGAAGGAAAGAAAUUACUAGUGAUUUAUCUCUGAGAAGGAAUUUAGGCACGAAGGAGGAAGAAAAUCAACUCGAAUGAAAUAUGGUCCAGCCAGCCACCUAUAGAAAUGUGCUGGGACUUUCUUUUCCGUGGACAGACUUCUUCCCAAGGGCUGGGGGUUCUGCGGAUCACAACAAACCUUAUGCACAAACCUAUGAGACGAAGAAGGAAAAUCUGAAAUACUUGAAACACUAUCUUUAUAACGAAAUGGCUUGUGCGCAUGAAGAAAGCAAAGAUGUAAUCCCUCAGUGUUCAGAAAAUAAAAACAACACGCAAACAACAGAAAUAAACCCCAAAAGGUUUCCGGUUUGCAACUCGGCAGUCUUAUCCAGUUGUCUCUAUGGAAAAUAACAAUGAUUUACCAUAAAGAAAACCUGUCAUUCUGUACAUUACUUUCGUAGUUUAAUUGCAUUCUUUGCCCUCCCUUGUCUCGUCCUUCGUUGUGAGCAGAAAUCCAGCAUUUCAUUUCCUCUUUCAUUCCAACUUUUAUUUUUAAGAGACAGACUGGAACUGGCAGGGGAAAAAUACGAGCUCCUGCCUCUUUAUGGGUCAGAGCUAUUUGUCCUUUAAAUAACAAUGUCCUAUUACCAGUCGCUGAAAUGUGCACACACGGACGAAAUUAGCAAGUGAUGUAUAUGUAAAGAGGGUUUUUGAAUAUCGAAUGUACAAUGCUCUGCGAGCAAAGACCCCGUGCCAAACGCUAACAAGCCGCCAAGGGAAGAGAUUAGAGGUGACAGGGAGCACAACUCCUUCAGACAAGCACCAGUCUGUAAAUUGGAGCAAAGGCUAUUUCCCUUCCUUUGUGCUUCAGCCUUCAGUUCUCUCAUUGCCUUUUCCUUGCCGUGUCUUCUAUUUAUUAAUUUUUAAAUUUUAUUUUUUAAGUAAUUAUUACAUUUGUCAGUUUUGUGUUUCAUUCUCCAUCCCUGAUCUUUGCAUUUGUGUGUGUCCUUCACACUGAUCACUCUUCCUUCUUAAAGAGUAUUUCUUUCACAAAGUCACCCACCCGUCUCCUAUCCAGAAAGUAAUUCGGAAGAAGGUAGCAUAAUUGCUUUUGCUUGGAUUUCUGUAACCCUAAAUUUAAAAAAAACACGGGCACGGAGCUGGGUAGUGUUUUCUUUCAAAACCGACAUUAUUUAUUUCAUUCUGUUUUAAAAUAGCCCAAAGAAUACACUGCCAUAAUUUGUUACCAUGUCGGAAUAAAACUUAAUAGCAACAAAAAUAACAACACCAAAACCCAUAAUAACGACACGUUUUAACAACCUCUCGCCCAUAUUGUAGUCGUGCUUGUUAAGGAAAAAAAAAAAAAGUUAAAAUGUUACUUAAGACGAAUUUCACCGUGCAGUUUCUAAUAGUUACAGUUCAACAAGCAGGAAAAUAAAUGCUGGACAGAA